UAAACUUGGAUUAACUUAUCAUUUUACUUUAAACAAUUCAGAAUAGUAUUUAUACAUCAAUAUCCUUAGUUUUUUUAACUCAAAAAAAGUAUAUUCAACAUUGACCAAUUUUUCACAAAGCCAAAUUUUGUCACACACUUUCGCGAACUCUAGAAACCAAAAUGGCAGCCUCCAUGGAACAUACACGAUUGACAUUUACGGAGGCAAAAUCACUAAUUUCAAAGUGCUCAUUUUCCCACCUUGAAGCAGUUUCAUCUAAGCGACAUGUUGUUUUACCCCCGAAGUUUUUCAACAAUAUUUUACAAGGAGUGAGGGAACAUCUCAACUCAGAACUGCAGUUAGUUGCAAGCUGGACAGAUGGAGUACUUAUGGCCUAUAACAAUGUGAAAAUCUUGGAAACAGUCGGAAGGAUAUUUGAUGAAUCUCCUUACAUCCAUUUUAAUGUAAAUGCAGACUUUAUCAUGUUCAGACCAGAAGUUGGGUGUUUAUUAAAGGGAAUUGUCAACAAAAAGAGUACUUAUCAUGUUGGCUGUUUAGUCCAUCAGUGUUUUAAUGCUUCCAUACAUAAACCAAGAGAUCUGGAGUCAGAAUGGGAAGGCACACAAUUGCAAAUAGGAGAGGAGUUUAUUUUCAAAGUGACGAACAUUUAUACUAAUAAUGGAGUAUUAUCACUAAGAGGCAAUAUUCACAUAGAGAAAACACCAAAAAAGAAAAAGAAAUCCAAAAAGAAAAGUCUAGAAACAGCAGACAGUUCUUUGAAGGACAAUGAGGAUGACCUUGGUAAAGGAGAUGGUUUUGUAUCAGAUUCUAAUACUUCAAAUGGAGAUAGUGGGAUUGGAGAUAUAUCUCUUAUAAAACCACAAAAAAGGAAAAACACCACAAAUGAAGAAGCAAACAAUAACUUAGAUAUUAACAAUGAGUCAGAAACACCAAAACAUAAAAAGAAAAAGAAACACAGAAAUGAAGAAGAUUCAUAUGAAAAUGGUUUGGAUAUAACAGAUGAAGACAGUACCAGUCAGAAAAAGAAAAAGAAGAAACAUAAACAUGACAAUCAUGAGUGUGACAAUGAAUUCUUGUCCAAAAGUAUGAACGACAGUAGUUAUAAACGGAAAAAAAUUAAGCAAGAAAAAUUAAACCAAAGUGAAUCGGACUUGCAUAUACCUGAAACCAAUCUUGUUACUGAUUAUCAAACUGGGAAAAAGAAGAAAAUAAAACAAGAACGUGUAGAUGAAUCAUUAUCCUCAGAGAAAAUUUCAAAGAAAAAGAGAAGACAUUCUAAUAUAGAUGAUAGUCAAGACUUUACAGUCUCUUCGAAAAAGAAGAUUAAAAAAGAAAGAAUGUAAUUCUACCAAAUUGAUUAAAAAAUAUUUAUUAGAAGAUUUAUUCUGAGAAAGACUACAAGAAUAAAUAUAACAAAAAAUUAUGGUCAAGUUUAGUCUUCAUCAUAAAUCAUAUUUAUAAUUAGUGAACAAAUCAAGGUCAUCUCAGAUUGUCUUUGACCUUAAUAUUGUAUCCUAUGCUUCAAUAUAUUUGGCAGAAUGAUGAUGUAAAUAUCUGGACAUCUAUGAUCUUAUCAAUUCUAGCAAGAUGAGUGAGGUCUUGGAUGAGUUUGAGAAUCAGUGCAAAUUAAAUCAUUUCAAAAGAGUUAUAAAUGCCUUUUAACAUGUUUAAUAACUUAUAUUAAUUAAGCCGAAACAAGUUUACACCAUUGACCAAAAUUUUAACACAAUGUUUGGUUGUAUAAUACAAAUUAAUUAUUAAUUUUAAAUGUUUUCAAAUUUGUCUUUCAAGAGAUAAGGCACAUACAUGACAAAUAAAAUCAACAACAAAUGUUUAUUUUUCAUACCUUUUACAAUAACCUGACAAUGUUUUCAUGAAUCCUUAUGAAUUUUUACUUUUGCAGAAUGUUGGAAAGAAAAUCAAGUGAUGAUUUUUAAAUUUGUUAUUUACAGUUAUGGGACUUUUGACAGGAAUAAACAAUUUGUAUGAUAACUUUGUUCCCAAAAACACAUUUAAAUAUUUUGGCAAUGUCACAAUUCAUAACUAAUAAAAGUUUGCUCUGA